CCCGCCCCCCGGGCCCAGCGUCCGCGCCUCCCGCGCCGCCCUUCCGGUCGCCUGUCCCGGCCUGUGCCGGCAGAUCCUCCGCUAGGCCCGGGAGCUCCGCCGCCCCUGGGAAUAUCAGAUAAGCCAAAUGGCAUCUGGAGACUUCUGUUCACCUGGAGAAGGGAUGGAAAUACUACAACAAGUGUGCAGCAAGCAGUUUCCUCCUUGUAACCUGAGUGAAGAGGACCUGUUACAGAACCCAAAUUUCAGCAAGCUGUUGAUGAGUCUGUCACAGCAUGUGGAUGAUAGUGGCUUAAGCCUCACCAUGGCAAAGGAACAGUCUCAGGCAUGGAAUGAAGUUCGACUGCAUAAGACAACAUGGUUGAGGUCCGAAAUUUUAUACAGAGUCAUCCAAGAGCUGCUUGUAGACUACUAUGUGAAGACACAAGACACAAAUCUAAGUUCAGAAGACAAAAAGUUUCAUGAGACCCUUGAACACCGGCUGCUCAUGACUGAACUGACACAGCUCUCAGAGCCUAGGCCCAGUAAGGAGAUACCUCUACUUCUAGGGCUGGAGAAGGCGGACCUUCUGGAACUCUUGCCACCCUCAGAGGAUUUUGUGUGGAUGAGAGCACGGCUCCAGCUAGAAGUGGAGGAGCAGCUUAAGAGGAAGUGUUUCACUCUGCUGUGCUACCAUGAUCCCAAUUCAGACACAGAUAGUGAAACACUGAAGGCUGCAAAGGUGUGGAAACUGGCAGAGGUCUUGGCAGGUGAGAAGCAGCAGUGCCUGGAUGCCAAGAGCCAGCAGAAGGAGCAGCUGGUGUUGUUGGAGAAGAAGAGCGCCAUCUAUUCCCAGGUACUUCUCCGUUGCCUUGCCUCGCUGCAGAAGCUGCUUCAGGAGCACCAGCUGAAGACUCAGUCAGAGCUAGACUGCAUAAAUGCCCAGUACCUGGAGAUCAAGUGCAGUGCCAUGAUACUUAAACUGAGGAUGGAGGAACUAAAGAUUUUGUCUGAUACUUAUACUGCUGAGAAAGUUGAAGUUCAUCGGCUUAUUAGGGACCGCUUAGAAGGAGCCAUUCGCCUACAAGAGCAAGACAUGGAGAAGUCAAGACAGAUCCUAAACACCUAUGAGGUCCUUGGAGAGGAGUUUGACAGGCUUGUGCAAGAGUAUACUGAACUCAGACAGGCAACUGAGAACAAACGUUGGGCGCUCCAGGAGUUCAACAAGGCCUCAUCUUUCUGCUGAAGGGACCACCACCACCUGAGGAUGUCUUUAUUACAAAGGAAAAUAGGAGCUGGGCAUGGUGGCACACACCUCUAAUCCCAGCUUUUGGGAGGCAAGGGUAGGAGAAUUGCCAUGAGUUCGACUACAUAGUGAAUUCCAAUAAAAGAAUACUUCAAAUACUGGAGUCAUUAAGGCA